AGUCAGCGUUGCAUUCUCUGCGGCAACAGUGCAGUGCAAAAUUAGCGCGGGUGAAGUGAAGUGGAGUCGAGUGGAGUGAAAAGUGCCGAGUGAAGCGAAACGAAAGCCCAAUCAACAUGUUAUCACGCAUCAGUGGCGGCGGUCAACCGUCAACACCGCCCUCGCCAGCGACCUCAUCAACAGCGACGACGCCGAUGAUGAUGAUGGGACCGACCGGCACAUACCAGCAUCAUCAUCACAAGGAUCAACACCAGGACGUGGACGAUCUGGACGAGUAUCUGUCCGAGUACAAGCUGCAGGCACCGAUCGAACCGAUAGCUCACUAUGCCGAUGGAGAACUUGAAGCGGAAUGGCUCAAUUCGGCUGGAUUUCCACAACUAACCAAAGCAUUCGAGGAGGGUCGCGAGCUAUCGGCAACGGAACUAGCUCCGGUCAUCUCCGGCCUGUCAAGCAUGCACGCGGAAGCGGUCAAGCAGCGCGUGAAGGCGCUCAAUCGAACCGUGCGGGGCCGAACGCGCAACCGCUCGACGAAGAAGCCGGACAUUCGGGACGUGUUCCGGGACCAGGACUCGUCCAGCACGGGGACACGGUCGCGCAGCGCGACACCGGACUCACUCGACUCGCUGGCCGGCGAUGACGCGUGGCACGGAUCGGUGAACAACGGCCACCAUCACCAUCACAUACCGAGCUUUGUGUCCGUGUUCGAUGGCAACGGCGUUGUCCGGCCGACGCCCAUCCGUGGCAAGCAGCACCUGCGACGUACGCCCAGUGCACCCCUGCGCGGUUCGGCCGAGCUCUUCCGGGGCUCCCACAUCCGGUGCGACAUUCCGAUUCACAAUGAGGGUAUCGAGCUGCUCAACUUCCAAAGACUAGGUACGAUUCACAUACCGAGGAUCCGGUCGGGGUCGGACCCAUCCUGCACCAUCGGUCCGCACGCAGGCCAACACAUCUCUGGCACACGGAGCCACACGAACCUCUACAACGGCAGCCCGUCGGUCCGGCGGGACAACGACGAUUCGGGCAACUCGUCGUCGGAGCAGAGCCCCCCGAGCUCGCCGCCGCGCAACAGUCUGCUCAGCUCAGUGGAGAACUCGCCACUUCGCUCGUCGUACGAACCGGUCAGCUUCGAGAGCAUGAUCAAGCAGACGACCCCGUCGGCCGCGGACCAGUGGCAGCCGCUGUCGGCGGCGUCGCGCGAACCCUGCGUCGACAUCGACCUCAUCUCGGAGGGCGAACAGAAGCGCCUCCAGCCGCUGCUCUGGCUCGAGCUGGCAUCCCUGUUCGACAAGCAUCACGUGUCGCUCGACAAGCGGAAACCGUUCAAGCGGAAGCGCAAGGAGGAGGGCAACGUGUUCGGCGUGUCGCUGAAUGCGCUCGUGCGCCGUGACCAGCAGAUCACGGGCGAAGACACCACGCUGGUGCCGCUGAUACUGCAGGCCAUCCUGGCGGAGCUGUCGGUGCGCGGCGCCAAGGAGGAAGGCAUCCUGCGUGUUCCCGGACACAAGCAGAAGACCGAAGCUCUCUACAAUGAGAUCGAGCACAGUUUCUACUGCAAGCCGGAAAAGAUAGAACCGCUCAUCAAAAAGGCCGGUGUACACGAUCUCAGCGCACUGUUGAAACGAUGGCUACGGGAACUACCACAACCACUGCUGGCCAACGAUCUGGUACACCUUUUCUAUCAAACGAACGUUCUACCUCCACACGACCAGUACAAGGCGCUGACGGUGCUCUGCCAGCUGCUGCCGCACGAAAACCGUAACACACUGCGGGAGCUGCUCAACUUCUUCCGCCGAGUCGUGGACCUGCAGGAGUGCAACAAGAUGUCCCAGCAGAACGUGGCCACCAUCAUCGCGCCGUCGUUCUUCCCGCCACGGUUUGUCCAUCCGCCGGACAAGAACGACAUCGGGGCGCAGGUGCGUAUGGCCGCCCAGUGCUGCCAUCUGACGAACGUGCUCAUCACGAUGACGGACAGUCUUUGGCUGGUGCCGCAGCGACUUAUCGAGCAGGGCAAGAUGAUCAACAAGAAUGGGCAGCCCAAGCGACAGCUUACGCGUAAAACCAAAAACGGAAGCAGCAGCAUUAUCGCGAUCAACCGAAGUGCCACGAACGGGGGCGACUUUGUGUUCGAUACCAACCACAUCCACCGGUUAGUGAUCUAAAUCUAAAAGGGCGGAGAAGAGAAAUCGCGAAAGGAGUUUAAGACGGCCGAUGCCUCCACUGAAACAGGUUUUACCACCAAUGAGCUUUACUAUAUAUCACCAAUCGUCAAAACCCAAGAAACCUUAUGCUUAAUGUUAGUCUCCCAAAGGCAUCCCCGUUACGCCGUGGUGUGUCCGUGCUUUAGCGUUAUUAUGUUUGCACUAGCCGUAAGGAGUCGUGUCUAAAUUUAAGAUGAGUGUAAUUGUAUAGAAGAAGAACGAUAAAGGCCACGGUAACUGUCCACUGCGUGCGCAUUGCGUCUCCACACCCCAUUUUCAAUACCUCAUUAGAAGAUUAGGAGGCGUGCGUUGAUUGAAAGGAUUGAGGGUUACAUUUCGUUGCUUCCAAAACACGUUUGCAUAAUGAGUGCUGCGGGAAGAGGAGGUGUAAAAUAAGAACAGUAUUUUGUUUAGACACGGGCUCGCUCUAGUUCUUCAGCACCUCAAAGGGUGCAGGUGCGCGUGCAUCGGAGGUAUUUUUAGAACCGCGUUUUGUGUUGUGUUUUAUUUCUCCCCCGAUUUGUAUAUACGAAGAUUUUCGAACGGGAGUGUUCUUUCUGUAAGUCAGCAUUUAAAUCUAGCCCUAUCGCUCUACCCUCCACGCGGCUUCGCUCGUCUUCGUUCCGUAGGAAUGGAGCUUAAAAAUAGGUACACUUUCCACCGCGACAUCCCGCGCGAUCGGUGUCCGGAAUCGAUCAUAAUUCCAUCGCUCAAAGCCGACGGCCACUUUUAUGGUAUACACACCAUGCGUCAUUAUGUCGAGGUUCUAUUUUCGGACCAGAACUAAAGCAACAUGCGGCGUGAGUUUAAGUAUCCGCCCGCUCUCGGGAAGUGAUCUUCUCAAGAAAUGGAACGUAGACGGGACGAAAGUGCUCGGUUAGCCGACCCUUGUUUGCCGACGCAUCUACUUUGGCUCCAGCACUCGGUCGAUCAGUUUGACUAAAUUUAGACUGACCGAGUUUGGAAUGAGAGUGGAAGCCGUCAGCGUUGAAAUUGACACUCGGGCAGACUGUUACUAAGGGGUUCGUCCAUAAAACUUAGCGAUUUCGAGACGAUACCGAUCCGCGCGGAUGAGGAGGAAGGUUCACAUUUAAGUGAAUUAAAACGACAUGCACUUUAUAAGAAGCUGCGCAUAUGGUGUGAGUGUGUGUUUGAACGUUAGAAUGUGUACUCAACUUAGUCAACAGCCUGCAGAAAAGAAAAGCGUAUUUAUUAUCCAUACAUACGAAAACGAACAGUUUAGUGUUCUAAGCUUUAGGUUCUAGGUGAACGCAAUAAUAGUAUCGACCGCUGGAGCAUAUAAUAUGUAACUGUAAAAUGUAACGAGCAUUAUAGCCGGUAAGAAUUCGUGACGCUCCGAACGUGAGACUACCUAUAUUAACACAGCUUUUGUGCGUGAGUUUGUAUAAAAAAUGGUACCGUGUGAAAGAACUCUACCGUUCAGCAAUAAUUAAUGUGAGUGUGAUGAAAGUGUUGCCUCAAAUAAAUGAUU